AUGGCACCUACUGUUCCCAUAGAGUACACUGGACAGAGGGAAUUGACUGUGUGUUCGAAAAAGGGUUUAGGCUCUAUGAUGGGCAAGUCCAGGAAAGUUUCUAAAGGAUAUUCGUCUGGGUUUGUUCCAGACUACCGUCAUGCUGUGGAGACUAUUGCAGAAUCCGAAGGAUUUGGGAGCUCGGGAAGGGUGGACGUGGAAAUGACUGCAUCUGAGAAUUCUUACGCUCCCAAGAGGAAGGCCAUUAGUUCAAAUGGCCAGGAUGGUUAUGAUAGAUUUGGUGUGCCUAUUCAGGUUUUUUCUUUGUCUAAGAUGUCACGUUCAGAUAGGAGAGACUUGGAAAGAAAGUUUAAAAAUGAUCUUGAACAAGUUAGGAGUUGGCAGAGAAGAAUCACAUCAAUAAGUUCGAAACCCAUCACACCUUCACCAGCUAGUGACAUACACAGUAAUGGAUUGAAGGGAACUCCGAUGCAAAAUCCUCAAAGACCUGUGAAGCUAGUGGCUGAUCUUCCCUCAAAGAAUAAACCAUCAACGAAAAACAGGCCCCGACCCAAAGGUCCUGUGAAGCCUAAUUUACCUUCAAAUGCAAAUAACAUCAUGCUGAUGAAACAGUGUGAGACACUACUUAAGCGGUUGAUGGAGCAAGAAUAUGGUUGGGUUUUUAAUACCCCUGUUGAUCCCGAGCAAUUGAAAAUUCCUGAUUACUUUAAUGUCAUCAAGCAUCCUAUGGAUUUGGGUACCGUCAAGACAAAGUUAUUAUCUGGUGCAUAUUCUGAUAUCUCAGAAUUCGCCGCAGAUGUGAGACUCACUUUCACAAAUGCCAUGACAUAUAAUCCACCAGGAAAUGACGUCCAUGUCAUGGCCAAGGAAAUGAGUAAAUAUUUCGAGGUGAGAUGGAAGCCUAUAGAAAAGAAGAUUACUUCGAAUGUCGGAGAACUUUUGCCUCCAAAGCCUAAUGUAAAAGCUGAAACUGAGAAUGCAGCACACAUGCCUCCUUCUAAAAAGGUGAAAACUUCUCCAGUGGAGAACUUGGUCAAGCCGGAAAUUAAGGUGAAGCAGAUUAUGAGUGCUUCUGAAAAGCAUAAACUGAGUGCGGAUUUAGAGCCCUUACUUCCGGACUUACCAGAUAAUAUAGUUGAUUUCUUGAGACAAAGUAGUGCAAAUGCAAGCAAAGCCAGUGGGGAUGAGUUUGACAAGGAUGCUGAGGAUGAGAUUGAAAUUGAUAUGGAAGCCUUAAGUGAUGAUACACUUUUCACCUUACGGAAGCUAAUAGAUGAUUAUUUAUUGGAUAAACAGAAAAACCAGUCAAAAGACUCACCCCCUGUUGAGCUUCAUGAUGUACCAGGCUUGAGCACCUCUGUUAUAAAACCUGAAAAAGGAAAUGACCUGGCUGAUGAAGAGGUGGAUAUUGGUGGAAAUGAUCCACCUAUGCCGAUCUUUCCCCCAGUGGAGAUUGACAAGGACUCUACUCGUAGGAACAGCAAACAUGACAGUUCAAGUAGCUCCAGUAGCGCCUCAGGUUCUUCAUCAUCUGAUUCGGAUACAGGAAGUUCUUCGAGUGGUGGUUCAGACAUGGCAAAGCAUGCAGCUCCUCGAGAUACCCCCAAGCCGAGAAUCUCAGACCCUGCAGUCAAUUUAGAUCAGAGGACUACUGAGCCAGAUGCUGGAGAUACUCCGAAUGACGUGGUUAGGCAGAAUAACGAGUCAGUUAAGUCUCCUGUUGAGCCCGAUUUGAAACAAGAGGCUGAGAGUGCUCCAAUUGAGAGGACAGUGUCUCCUGAGAAGCUUUACCGUGCAGCUAUAUUGAGAAGUCGCUUUGCGGACACUAUAAUAAAGGCAAAAGAGAAGACUUUGGAGAAGGGUGAUAAGCUGGCGAGUGAGGAGCGCGAAAGAAUAAGAAAGCAAGAAAGAGCUCGUCUACAAGCUGAAGCUAAGGCUGCCAAAGAAGCUGUAAGAAAAGCUGAAGAGGCUGCUGCUGCUGAAGCAAGAAGGAAAAGAGAACUUGAAAGGGAAGCAGCUCGUCAGGCUUUGCAAAAUAAAGACGAUGAUGAGGAGGAAGAACAAGAACCUGAGGCUGAUGAUGUUCCAGGAAUUUCAAAUGAUCCAGAGGAUGGAGAGAUUGAUGGUUUAUACAUAAAGAAAGACGAUGAUGAGGAAGAAGAACCUGAGGCUCAUGGUGUUCCAGGAACUUCAAACGAUCCGGAGGACGGAGAGAUUGACGGUUUAUAUACCAAGAAAGACAUUGUUGAGGAAAAAGAACCUGAGGCCCCUAGUGUUACAGGAACUUCAAACGAUCCAGAGGACGGAGAGAUUGACGGUUUAUACACGAGGCAAGACAAUGACCAGGAAGAACCAACCGAGACGCUCGGUGCUAAAGAAUCAAAUGAUCCAGAGGAAGGAGAGAUUGAUUGA